CUCUCUGGAGCUGCUGGUUCGGUACCCGCUCUGGGUUUCCCCUUCGAGCUGCUGGUUCGGUGCAUGCACCGCCUCUGGGUUCAGUGACAUUCCCCGAAAGCUGCCGGCGGCCGCCUGACUGAAGUCUGCUUAUCCGCUCGCAGACUCACGUCACUGGAGGAGUUUUCCGGGGGAGGAAAGAUGGCAACUGCGGAGUACAGCCUGAAGAGAGUGGUGUGGCAGAAGAUCAAGAAACUUGUCUUAGAUGACUGCAUGGAAGAAGAAUGGAAGAUACUUAUUUUGGACCAUUACACCACAAAACUUCUUUCAUCUUGCUGCAAGGUGUCCACCCUUAUGGCUGAAAAAAUCAGUGUUGUUGAAGACCUGCACAAAAACCGUGAGCCAGUUCCAGACAUGAAGGCUAUCUACUUCAUUACUCCAACAGAAAAGUCUGUAGAUGCACUGAUAAAUGACUUCAAGAAAAAACACAAGUAUAAAGCAGCUUAUGUUUACUUCACUGACUAUUGUCCUGAUAAUCUCUUCAGUCAGUUAAAAACUACAUGCUCAAAACCCAUAAAACGUUGCAAAGAAGUUAAUGUUUCCUUUCUUUCAUAUGAAUCUCAGGUAUUCAUCUUUGACAUUCCUGAUGCAUUUUACUCUAUUUAUAGUCCAGCAUCAAAAGAUAAAAAUACUAUUAUGGAAAUGAUGGCAGAGAAAAUUGCAACAGUGUGUGCAACUUUGGAUGAAAAUCCGGGUGUCCGAUACAGAAAGGAACGUGGAAAUGAUUACAGUUUUACUGAAAAUAAUGCUGAGUAUCUUGCACAUCUGGUAGAAGAAAAGCUGGCAGAACAUUACAAACUAGCUGAGGACAGCAAUAUAAAGGGUAAAACACAGUCACAGCUUCUGAUAAUCGAUCGUGGCUUUGAUCCAGUAUCAACAAUCUUGCAUGAGCUAACCUUUCAAGCCAUGGCUUAUGACCUGAUUCCAAUUGAAAAUAAUAUUUAUAGGUAUCAAAUAAAAGAUGAGUCGACAUCCAAAGAGGCUCUUUUGGAUGAGGAUGACACACUCUGGAUAAACUUGCGGCAUUUACAUAUUGCAGAAGUUGGCGAGAAAAUACCCAAACUGGUAAAGGAACUUACCCAAAGCAGCAAAGCAACAGAAGGAAAACUUACUGUAAGUUCUUUAUCUCAAAUGAUGAAGAAGUUGCCUGCUUUCCGAAAACAAAAGGCUAAGCAAACAGUCCACCUGACUCUUGCUGAAGAUUGUAUGAAACGUUUCCACGGGAUAGUAGAGAAACUAUGCAAGGCCGAACAGGACCUGGCUGUUGGAACUGAUGCACAAAGCCAGAAAAUUAAGGACCCCAUGAGAAUCAUUCUGCCUUUUCUGCUGGACAAGUCUAUUGGAGAUUAUGACAAAUUAAGGAUCAUCUUGCUCUAUAUCUUCCAUGUAAAUGGAACGACAGAAGAGAAUCUCGGCAAGCUCAUCCAGCAUGGAAGAGUUGCAGAAAACCGUGACAUCAUUGAAAAUUGGAAAUUUCUUGAUGUACCCAUCCUCUCUUCUAAUUCCCAGCAGCGUAAACCUGUGCGGAAGGAUCGUAGUGCUGAGGAGAGCUACCAGCUUUCCAGGUGGACUCCAUUCAUUAAAGAUAUCAUGGAGGAUUCCAUUGCCAACAAGCUUGAUUCCCUUGAUUGGCCUCAUUGCUCAGGUUGCAGUGCUGCUUGGAAUGGCUCAGGAGCUGUAAGUGCUCGACAGGGGAACAAAAGCAAUCUCCCAGAUGACCGCAGAGGUGGUUUAAAACUAAUUAUAUUUGUAAUAGGAGGUAUGACGUAUUCAGAAAUGCGCUGUGCUUAUGAAGUUUCUAAGGCCAGUAAGUUUUGUGAAGUCAUUAUUGGGUCAACUCAUAUUCUUACACCCACAGGAUUACUAGAUGAUCUGAAGAAAUUGAACAAGUAAAAGUACCACAUACGAGUUAAAGUCAGCCACUUAUGUCAAUUUCACUUAACAUGAAUGACAAGAACUUAACAUUCAUGCAAUGAACCUUAGUCUAAAGUAUUUUGAUAAAUGAAGUACACAGCUUGUAUUGACCAGUCCAAGAAAUCUAAUGUAAUUACAAUAUUAAUACUGUAAAUGAAUCCUCUGGGAGGGUCAAUAUUUGGCGAAGAGUAUUUCUGCUUUAGACUUACUGGCUGUAAUUCAAUGAGGAUAUUGCACUCUGAUCCAUAAUUGGCUAACUGUUUGUGUAUUUUUAAAAUGAUGACUACAUUGAGGUCUUUUCAGAAAUUAAUGUUGGUUGUAGGCCUUGUAUAUUUUACAGCCAUGUUUUGAAUAUAUUGCCCAUAAUAUAUAUGCCUAACAUAGGAUUUGAAUAAAACUGUAACAUUUUCGACAUAUAGUUAUAAAAAAAAUCUUAUGUUCUAUCUAAUAUUGCAAUGUAAAUGCUUUUGCAAAAGCCUUAAAGCCUUAUAAAAACUAGGAAUGUACUUUGGGUUUUAAAUCAGUAAACAUUCUUUUAAAAGGAUUAAAUUACACAAAUUUGUCAUGUAAACAAAAUUUGGUUGCAUUCUGAAAUACUACUUCAGUGUAGUGGCAGAAUAAUUGGUAUGGUCUUUUGCUACAAAAGUACCUGUAAGCUAUAAAGUUGUGCCAUUCUGUUUCUGUACAAUGCAAUGCAUAUCUCACCCUUCAGGUGCUAAUCCAGUAAGGUGCCACCUAAUCUGUGCAGUUUUCUUUUCCUGAGCUGUGCCAAUGUGACUCGUGUGUAGAUCCAAAAUAAGAGAGCGGGGAGAUUCUGGCUAUGUAUUGAAACUAUUUGCAUAGGCCUAUUACAACUGCCAUUUUUUGUUUAGCAGUGAAAUAUUAGUAAUUGGAAUAUUUUCUGCAUUUUGUUAUACAAAAUGCUAACUACCAAGCAAAACAUAAAAAGUUUUGAAUCCACUAUGUGUCUUGUGACAAGCUAAUAAAUUAAACACUGCGAAGAGGCAA